CCUAUAAAACUUCCAACACCCGCACUGAUCCAUGGUUGUUCUUCCUGUGGUUUGCUAUAAAAAGACAUUUGCGCACUACUUCAAUACAAUCUUCAAGACUCGUAUUGCCCUGAUUUCCAAGUUCCAACCAUGAAUAACAAGAUUGAGGAGUUGGUGGACGCCAUGUCUGCGCUCUGCUUAGAAAAAGAUGCUUCGGAGCAGUCUGAUAUGGAAACUCUGGUCGACUUAUCUGAGAAUGAAGGUGCAGGAAGAAUAGUUGCAGCUUGUUGCCCAGAGCCCAGCCGACCAAGAAGAGCAAAAUAUUCCAAGCGAACCAAGAAGACCCUCAAGAUCAAGAGCCUCAACAAGAGCCUCGGCAUUUCACUAGUCAACCCAAGCAACGUACUGAGGGUGGCAGAAAUUUCAGACGGAAAUCAGUCUCUGGAGCGAGCAAAUUUCGAUCGAGAGGAGGCGCACGUCCAAAUAGGCGAUUUCUUGCGGGCGUUAGAGCUCAGCAACCAGAGUCUCGAGAUCGAUCCCGAGAAAGGCUUCACCAUCUUCCUAAAAGGCUCCGCUCUCAGACGCUAUGACCAGGCAUUCCAGUGUCUGCAAAUGGCCGUCGAGCUUUGCCCCGGCCAAGCACAUAUUGAAGAUGCUCUGCGACGGUCGAAGGCCGCUUAUGUACCCAGGGAGUACAACAUUUCGGAGUUCUUGCUCGGAGUGCAGCAGCCUCCAGAGGUUGAGGAGUUCAUUGGGGAUGUCGAGAUCAACAAGAUCAACAAGAUCAGGGGUCGAGGGCUCUUCGCAACGAGAGACAUUAGCGUCGGUGAGCUGUUAUUAGUUAGCAACGCAGCUGUCAUUGUUAAUUGCGCGGUUAAGCCUCUCAAGAUUGAUCAGAGCCACGAAAUAAAGGGCUCUUUGCAGCAAGAUCUUGUACACGCCGUUUUGGAUGCUGCCAAGAAAUCACAGAAACUGAGCCAACAGCUUUAUGAACUGGACGACGGUUCUUUACAGGUUUGCUCUUCAUUGCCGGCCAUUGAUUUGUUUCAUACAAACUGCCAAGAAAGAACAGAGGUGGUGCUAGAACUCAAGGAACAGGGGAUCCGAGACAUUGUUUUCCGAAACUCUUUCGGCGGGGAAUACAAGAAAUUUGCAGAGAAGUGCCCAGAAAACGCAGACCCGUUGGGUUUUAGCGGGUUGUGGCUGCUGCCGUCAUUUAUCAAUCACUCAUGCCUCCCCAACGCGUCCAGACUCCAUGUAGGAAAAGCAAUGUUCUUGCAUGCGGCAAAACCAAUCAAGGAAAGAGAAGAAAUCACCAUUUCUUACUUCGACGCUUUGCUUCCCCAAUCAAGAAGAGAGAAGAUUUGUGGGUCCUGGGGUUUCAAGUGCAAGUGCAGACGUUGUGGUCUGGAGAAGUCUCUCAGCACUGUUCUGGAGAGCGUGAAUGCACAGUUUGAGGGUUUGCACCAUGAUGCGCUACAGGAAACAAACACUACAAUGUCUGCAGGACAAGAAUUUCCUAGAGAUCUUCCCAAAUGUGCAGAAUUCGUCCAGGUCUUUGAAAAAUUGGAGCAAAUACUGGCAAAGUACACUACAAUGAAGGAAGAAGAAAAGAAUUGGGUUCGGGCGUCCUAUGUGACUGCAUAUUUGGCCGGAAUGCAAUCGUACAAGUUAUCUUCCAUGGAUCCCAUUCUGUCCAGGGAUGAAAUACUGAAGGCCGUUGUAACAACCGUGCCAGGGGAGAUUCGAACCGACCUUCCCAUGGUGGACCAAAUGUUUUAAGAGCUAAAGCAACAGAUUGGCAACGAAAGAUCAGCUGUAGAGAAUUUCUGCACGAAAUUAGAAUUUUACGAUUACCAAUCUGUCUUUCCCUUAAAGUUUUUGAAUGUAGCAUUUCAGGGCUCAAAGAUACUAAAUAUGAAAAUGUUUUGUUUCA